AUGGCAACUUGAGGAAGUAUAUUUUUAUUAGAUAGAAGUUCUCCUGUAAUAGAACAAUUAAAUUUUUUUCAUGAUCAUACUUUAUUAGUAUUAAUAAUUAUUACAGUUUUAAUUGGUAAUUCUAUAUUAUCUUUAUUUUUUAAUAAAUUUUCUAAUCGAUUUUUAUUAAUAGAUCAAUUUAUUGAAAUUUUUUGAACAAUUAUACCAGUUUUAGUUUUAUUUGCAGUAGCUUUACCUUCUAUACGAUUAUUAUAUUUAUUAGAUGAUCCUUACAAAUCUUCAAUUAGUGUAAAAGUUAUUGGGCAUCAAUGAUAUUGAAGAUAUGAAUAUCCUGAUUUCAAUAAUUUAGAAUUUGAUUCUUAUAUAAUUCCUACUAAUGAAUUAAAUAUAAAUGAAUUUCGUUUAUUAGAUGUAGAUAAUCGAUUAAUUUUACCUAGAUAUACAAAUAUUCGAUUUAUUGUUUCAGCAAUAGAUGUAUUACAUUCAUGAACAAUUCCAUCUCUAGGAAUUAAAGUAGAUGCUGUACCUGGUCGAUUAAAUCAAAUUAAUACUUAUAUAUAUCGAGUUGGUUUAUAUUUUGGUCAAUGUUCAGAAAUUUGUGGGGCAAAUCAUAGAUUUAUACCAAUUGUUUUAGAAUCUGUUUCUAUUAAAUAUUUUAUUGCUUGAAUAAAAAAUUUUAUAAAUUAA